GGCGGUCAGUGGCUUUCAAACGUCGAGUUUACCAGUUGACGAGAGUCAAUCGGUCUAAAAAGGUGACAUAAAUUAUAUUAGGCAUCUCUACAUAUAUCAGUAUAUCAAUAUCAAUAUCAAUCCCUGUUUGUAUUUAAUCACUGUAUUAUCAGUGUUGCCUGUUUAAAUCUCCAUCCUUACCACCAAUGAUACACGCAGACAAGCAUGCAGGGUAGUGAUGAACCGCGUUAGCUAUAUUUUAAAUGGCUACGUGAAGUUCACAAUAGAGGAAAUACCAUAAAAGGGACCCGGGGUGAAAUUAUCAUCAUCGAGAGAUAAUGAUUACAGAACAGACUUGGACCAUGAUGCUGGAACCCGACGUACCAGGCAUCGACGAGUUGGGUAUUUCGCCGAGGAAACAGUUAUGGAUCAAGGCGGUGAAGAAGCUGACGUCCGAGCGGCUCGGGAGAGAAGGACUCGCUGCCUGGGGCGUUGGUCCACCGCCGCGGGAAGAGGACGAGGACCUGGAAGAAGAAGAACCCAAGGGAGCAAAUGACAAAGAUGAGGUAACUCUUGUCGUCACACCACCGGAAGCUGUCGCCGUCGAAGAAGAGCCUGAUAAGCCCGAAGAUCCGCCCUGUCAACAAAACGUUUUCAAACGCGGGCGUAUGUACAAAGGAAUUUUCUGCCCGUCAUUAACGAAUGCCUUCCACAGCCCAAGUUUAGAGAAGUCUUACUUCCAGUACUCGUGUCGCCAGCGUCAGAAGUCGCUGAUGAUGCUGAAUGUCGUCGAUCUCGGGCUCAAGAUCGCGAUAAUUUCCCUGUGGCUGUGGAGAAGAAAUGAACGGAGCAGCAGCUUAAUACAGACGUUGUCUUGGGUAUCAUGUUGUAUGCUCGCAAAUAUUAUUGUCUGUGUGCUGGGUCUGUGGCGGUGGUUCUCACCAAAUUAUCUCUACUGGGCAUCUAUAUGCACUUGGCUGCUUAUAAAUAUCCAAGGUUUCAUAGCAGCUGGAUUAAAUUUUUCAUCGCAGCAGCGCAUAAUGUGGUACAUAUUGUUUGUUGUUUAUGCGCCGUAUGCGAUGCUCCCGCUUCCGCUGAGAUGGUGCGUCCUCGCGGGCUCUGGUACUGCAAUCAGCCACAUGACAAUGAUUAUAACGACGCUUUUUUACAAUUCUAAUUACCUUAAAGACGUCGUAUGCGUAAUUAGAAUGCUUACGACAAAUGUCCUGCUGUACUUUGCGGUAAAUCUUGCUGGAAUGUACACCAAGUACUUGACAGACCGCGGUCAACGUCAGGCAUUCUUGGAGACCCACAGGUCUAUGGAGACCCGCCAAAGAACUCAGAAUGAAAAUAAUCGCCAAGAAAAACUUUUGCUUUCAGUUCUUCCAGAUUUUGUAGCAAAAGAAAUGAUAAGAGAUAUUGCCCGCGAAACAGCCAGCGGUGGAACAUUUUCAUUUACUCCAAAUCAAUUUCACAGAAUUUAUCUUCAUCGUUAUGAAAAUGUCAGCAUUUUAUUUGCUGACAUUAAAGGAUUUACUGCACUGGCAAGUCAGUGCAGCGCCCAAGAAUUGGUCAAGGUCCUCAACGAUUUAUUUGCCCGCUUCGACAGACUUUCUGCCGAAAAUCAUUGUCUGAGGAUUAAAUUACUUGGGGAUUGUUAUUACUGCAUAUCAGGACUUCCUGUUGCAAGGACUGAUCACGCGCAUUGUUGCGUGGAAAUGGGUCUUCAUAUGAUCAAAGCUAUUCGUGAUAUUCGUUACACCACUAAAGUGGAUUUAAAUAUGAGAAUUGGUAUCCAUAGUGGGUCAGUACUUUGUGGAGUCCUCGGGUUGAGGAAAUGGCAAUUUGAUGUCUGGAGUUAUGAUGUUACUUUAGCGAAUCAUUUAGAAAGCGGUGGAAUACCUGGCCGAGUUCACAUAUCAGCAGAAACAUUAAACUGUCUAAAUGACGUCUACGAAGUAGAACCAGGAAAUGGAGUUGAUCGCGACAAUUAUUUAAAGGAUCGUAAUGUCGUAACUUAUUUAAUAAAACAAACAGAGCCACUGCGUUCGAAAAGAAGACAGUCAUCGCGUCCAAAGAUAUGGACCGAAGACGAAACUGGCAACAGAUCCAAGAAGAGUUUCAAGAUUGCUAACGCCCUGCUCUCAAACAAUCACAGCAGCAGCAAAGACAACAUGGCGAACUGCAAAGACGAGGAUGAAAUUGGCGUUGAAUGGAUCCCGGAAAUUCCGUUCGAGAAUUUGAACAGCGCAAACUCUGUGACGAAUCUCGAGGCCGAGUAUCUUGAAGACGAAGAAGACGAGCAGGGAACAAUGGGCGAUAAAAAAUCGGCAGCAGGCGGAGGAUUUGAAACCGCAAGCAAUAAGAGAAUGAGACUGGCGAAUAUCAACGCCUGGACACUUCGUUACAAUGACGAAAGUCUGGAAACGAAGUUUGGUCAGUUAAGAGAAGACAUGUUUAGGUCAAACAUGAUUUGUUGCUUCGUCAUCUGGCUUUUUAUCGCCAUCUGCCAAGCGAUUAUCGUACCUGACUGUAUUAUUCUUCUCGCUUCUCUCUUCUUCACCACUGCCGUACUUAUCGUCUGCUCAAUUCUCGUGAUGGCCGAAGAGUUCAAAAACUUACCCGACGUUCUACAAAACGCAUCGUCGACAUUGACGCACAAUAAAUUACACCGCACCAUAUUUAUUUGUAUUUUAAUCAGUCUUAUGGCUUUCACUUCAAUAAUCGGCGUACUAGGAUGCCCGGCAACAACUUUUUAUCCUUCGGAGCCACUGCCCGUUAUGGAUAAAUUGGUAUCUGCUAAUUCUGAUGAUAAGUUCAAUGAUAGCAGCAGCAAUAGCAUUUUAGAAGCAACUAAAAAUAUUCCUAGAUUUGAUCAACUUAUUUUCAGCUUUUUAAAAGUUGCGCUCGAUGAUAAAACCCGUGAGAAAUUUACCGAGUCUUCCAAGAAUCAGUCUAUCAAAGGUUCUAAUGAUAGCAGUGAUAUGAAGAUAAAAUCAAAUCAUAGACAUACUGUCUUAAAAAGACACGGGAGAAAAUUGAAGCCAUCAAAGCGGGAUAUGAAUAAUUACAAAUCUCGAAAAAUAUUAUUUGUUAGUAAUGAUAAUUUAAAUUCAACGGAGUCGUCAAUAUUUAAAUUAGACAAGACAUGUUUCCGGUCAGAGUACAUCGUGUUUACUUGGAUCCUCUGUUUAAUGGCCUUAGCUUCAGCUCUUAAAUUAUAUUACCUCGUUAAGACGGCAUUAGCCUCGAUAAUAGUUUUUAUGUACGCGGGAUUGAUUCUCGUUGGUUAUCAAGAAUUAUUUCUAAUGACUGACGAUGACCCUAAUGAAACUGCCAUGCCGCUGUCAGCACAAAUGCUAAUUUUCCUGAUAGUCUUUCUGGUAGUGGUAACUUAUCACGGCAGACAAGUCGAAGUCACGUCACGGCUGGAUUUCUUGUGGAAGCAACAAGCUGAGAGAGAACUUGGUGAUAUGAUUGAAUCCAAGCACAAUAACAUGCAGUUAUUGAAGAAUAUUUUGCCUGACCAUGUGGCCAAUCAUUUUCUGACUGCUGAGCAUCCACCUGAGGAAUUAUACUCACAAUCACGAGAUAAAGUUGGCGUGAUGUUUGCCAGUGUACCGAAUUUCACAGAAUUCUAUUCCGAAGACGUAAACAAAGGAAUGGAAUGCAUAAGAUUACUAAAUGAAAUAAUAGCAGACUUCGAUGAACUAUUAGACGAAGCGCCAUUCCACUGCAUUGAAAAAAUAAAAACAGUCGGUGCGACCUACAUGGCGGCAUCAGGACUAAACCCUAGCACACUGGACCCAACUAAGGACGAAAUGGACCACCUUUGCAAGCUAGUAGACUACGCCGUGGCAAUGCGGCAACGUCUUGAAGACGUCAACAUCCACUCGUUCAACAACUUCGACCUGCGAGUAGGCAUCAGCUUCGGGCCACUUGUCGGUGGUGUCAUCGGGGCACGUAAGCCAGUUUACGACAUUUGGGGGAAUACUGUAAAUGAAGCCUCGCGGAUGGACUCCACCGGAGUGAUGGGCAAGAUCCAGGUGCCCAAAGACAUGGCAAAGAUCCUAGAGACUCGUGGCUACCACACCCAGAAACGCGGAAUGAUUGAAGUCAAGGGCAAAGGAACCAUGGAGACUUACUUCGUCCUGGGUAAAGACACUCAGCAAUCGGACAUCGUCUCCAGGAAUAGAAGCACAUGCAGAAGUCUCGCUGCUGUUGUCUACGGAGUCGUUCAGGCUCGCAGGAAGCAAAUGACUAUCAGCUGAAUAUCACCGCAAUCAAAAAAUAAGCAAACAACUAAAAAAAUUACUAUUCAUUCUGAUGGAAAUAAAAAUAAAUGACUUUAAAAAAAUGAUUGUGAUUUUAUACAGUCGAAGUCCAUUAAGUCGGAACUUCCCCUCCAUCUUGACCCCCACUACCAGCUACGCUCUCUCUCACCCGUUGCUAUACAUUUGUAUAUAUUAAUAUAUGCAGCAUCUAGAUGUAAAAGCGCAUGCGCAGUCUACUUUUUAGAGAAGCAUCCGUUAACUCGGAAAUUCCAGAAAAUUUCCGUUCCUCCACAGACUAAUUGUCCGAGUUGAUGGAAUUUGACUACAGUCGAAGUCCAUUAUCUUGGAAUUUCCCCUCAAUUUUGACCCCCACUACAUAUGUGUGUAAGCGCAUGCGUGUAGUUUACACGGUAAAGGAGAAGGGGCAUUCGAUAAGUCAGAAUUUUCAAGAAAUUUCUGCUCAUCCGUAGACUAAAUGUCCACGUUAAUGGAAUUCGACUAAAUUCAAAAAUAAUAAACAUCAAUUAAUUAAAACAAAAUAAAUACAAUAGAAAAUAAUAACUAUCAAUAGUUUUUAAUAAGAAUAGUGAUAAUGAUAGAUUAAGACAAACAAUAAUUUCGCGAUUACGUUUUAAAUCUUUAUCUUAUAUCUUAUUAUGGGCUGUACAGAGUUAUACAAUUAUACUAUAAUAAUAUAUAAUCUACCUAAUAUUUUUCUUUAUUUAUAAAUUGUAAUAAUAAUAAUAAAUUGCUGUAGGUUGUCGUUAAUUGCAAGUAUUUAAAAGUGAAAAAACCAGCAGAUAUUAUAUUUUUAUUUUCAACUUUUUCUAGUCGUUCGAAGGCGCUAUUUAUGUUUUAUUUUUUGUUUUGUUUAUUUCUUCUUGUGAUCAAGGCACUGUACAUGUGUUUUUAUUUAUCCUAUUAAUAACAAAUGGUUAAUUAAAUUUAAAAAAACUCAAGCGCCUGACAGUGAUCUAACUUAUGGUGAUGAUAAACAUUAGCGGAUAUUUCUCUCAGUACAGAAAAAAUUAUUUUUUUUUUUUAUGAUAACUGAUAAGUUAUUAUUUGUGAUAUCAAAAAAGAGCGCAGCGCAAGUAAGAGUACAAAAAUAAUGAUUAAGAUGUCAACGUAUUCAGUAGAAAAAUUACCAAUUCAUUUAUUAAAAAAUUUAAUUUAAAUUUUUUGGCGGCAAAAUAAAAAUUUAUUAUAAAUAAAAUUAUCUAGAUGUUGGGGAAAUUCUGAUUGUCAAAAUCUGACAGUUCAAAUAUUUUAAAUUUUAUUUCCUAUGAGUAAUUUCAUUACAAAAAAAUAAUUUUACGUGCUAAUCACUUAUUGCUAGUAGAAAUUAUACCACUAUUUGAAUUAGUGACAUACUUUCCACUAGUAAACAGUGAAUAGUCACUAUUUUCACUAUUUCAAAUUUAAGAGAGGUAGCCUUCACCUUCGGCUCUAGUUAACGCUGAGUACUGAGUUUUUUCACUAGAGUAGGUUUUUCCCCCACUCUUUGAAAAUGAGUCUAAUCUCAUGCCAUUGGUUAACAUUAACAUCAAAAGCCGAAAAUUAACGACAGUUCCCGAAGACGAAUUAUUUUCUGGAUUAAAUUUUAAUUCUGCUAUUAAAUUUUCUGUAUUGAAGAUUUUUUAAUAAAUAAAAAAAAAGUAAAAUUCAAAAAUUUAAUUGCGGGCCAGUCUUAACCUCAUUUUGUCUGAGAUCGUCUUUUCAUCCCUUGCCACCCACUCCAUUUUUUUUUAUACUUCAAAAAAUAACUUUUGGUCUUUUCCAAAAAAUUAAAUUUGUAAAUUUUCUACUGAAGGCGUCAAUAUUCGAAAACUAUUUUUUCUUCAAUGUUUUGUUGGACAAAACACAUUUAUCACAAUUUGGCAGUGAAUAUUAUUUGUUUCACAUGUUUGUCAAUACAAAUUUAUCAUAUCAUAUAUCGUAUCAUUAUUAUUAUUGUUGUUAUUAUUACUUUUAUUAUUAUUAUUAUUAUUAUUAUUAUUUUUGUCUGUUAAAUGUUAUCAGAGUCUAUUAAUCAAACUACGUUUCACUCUAUUUUUAUCCGUAUAAAUGUGAAUUAAAUCGAAAAUAUAAUUUUGUUAUCAAUUAUUACUUAUUAGUUUCCAUGAUUUCAUGUUAAAAAAAAUAUCUAUCAUUUCUUAUUAUUUUUAUUUAUUCGCUUAUUUGUGCCUCUGCGAAAUUUUAUGUUAAUUUCAAUUCUAUUAGUAAUUAUUAUUAUUACUACUUAUUUUUUAAAAUUUUAUCAAUUAAUUUACUUUGUUCUUCAGUAAACUCAAUCGCCCACAUAAUUUACCUGUGAAAAUAUUAAAUCUUUUGUUCAUUUUCGUAAAACAUUUACUACUUUUAAUUUUAAAUUUAAAUGUUUACAAUCAUUGGCCUAUUGUUUUGUCUCAAAAAUAUGUUUUUUUUUUGUUUUCACAAAGUAUCCAUUACAGUUAUUAUUUAAAUAUAUAAAAACAUCAUUUAGUUAUAAAUAUCUUGCGUUAAAUUUCCAUACACUGUAAAAAAUCGGAAAUGAAUUCGGAUUUUAUUUAAAUUUAAAUUCGCUCCGUCACUCGGAGUAACGGAGUUUAAAAAAAAACUCCAAAUAUGGAGUAUAUAGAAGUUUAUUUUUUCAGCGAAGUGAUUUCGGAGUUCUUUGGAUUUAAUUUAAAUCAAAAUUCAUUUUGUCACGGAGUUCAAAACUCCAAAUGCGGAGUAAAUGGGAGUAUUUUUUUUUAAUGAGUGAUUUCGGAGUUAUCUGGAUUUUAUUUCCAUCUGCAUCUACUCCGAUUCGGAGUUUCAAUACCAAAAUAAACUUCCCUUUGGAGUAAAUUUUACUCCAAGGAAUUUCUAAAAAAAUUUCUAGUCAUCCGCUCCGAAUUUACUCCGCAAAUUUUUUACAGUAUACUACAGUAUUAAUUUACAAAAAUAGUAGCAAUUGUCACAAUAGUGUAGUAAUAAUUAAUAAUAAUAAUAAAAAUAGAUUAAAUAAAAACGAUACUAAGAAAAAUUAUAUA